AUGGUUGCAAGGAAAAAUCAAAAGAAAAAAGAAUUGGAAGAAAAUCAGAAAAAACAGGAAUAUGAACAAUCACCAGCAAGAAGAACAAGAAGUAAAUCACGAGAUGUUAAGUUGCCUGGCAUAUCAGCUAUAGCAACAGCUGCUGCAGCAAUUGCUGAAAACCUACCAGCAGCAACAACACCCAAAAAACCUGGGCGUCCAAGGGCUGCAACUGCAGUUGCAGAGAAACCUGCUGAGAAAACAGGGCGUACAAGGGCUGCAGUUAUUGGGAAAGCAGGCCAAAAAGGUGGUCAGAAAAGACCUGCUGCAUCAGCCAAAAGUCCUGCAAAAAAAAGAAAAGUCAUAGAUCAAGUGCCUUAUGAUGAACCAUCAGAGGAUGAAGAACAAGAAGAAGUCCCUGCAACAAGUUCUGCUCCUGCAGAAAAGAAAAUUCUUAAAAAAGUAGAACAAAAAGACAGUGAGGAUCCAGCUUUUGAUGCUGAAAAAGAAGAAGAUGAAGAAAGUGAGGAGGUGGAAGUAGUUCAAGAAAAGAAAACAACAUUGAAAAAACCAAAAGCUGAAGAAAAAAGAAUGGUUCUGUAUGAGAGGGAACCAAUAAAAAAGAUUGUGAAGAGGAAAACUGAAUUUUCAGUGGCUAAAAAAAAAGAAGAGGAGGAAGAAAAGAAUGAAGAGGAAGUUGGAAGUUCGACAAGAGGAGGCCAUGUCAAAUUCAUGCAUUGGGUUAAGAAAAUGAGUGAUACACAGAAGAAAUUAGUGCAUGAAAUAGGACUGGGGCCGUUGUUGGAUAUAGAACUUCCUCAGCUUGACAAACAAUUCAGCCAUUGGGUUUUAGAUAGCUUUAAAGUCAGUAGUUGUAGUUUUGAGCUGCCUAAAGGUGAGAAAAUUGAAAUUGAGGUGGAGGAUGUGAGAAUUGUAUAUGGUUUGCCAAUGGGAGACAUUCCCAUUGUUGAAGCCAAAUCAGACAGAGCAAGUGAAGAUUUUGGUGUAUUUAUAAAAAAUUGGAGGUCAAAAUGGCAAGGCAAAACACCAUCUGUAAACCAAAUUAUUGCUCAAUAUACAAGUGAUAAAUUCAAAAACCAAAGGCCAACAGAAGAAGAUUUUCUCACCAACUCUUUGUUGCCAUGUGACAUGGAGAAAGAGUGGAGGAAAAGGAUUCUACAAUGGACCACUGCAAUUUCUGAUGUAAUGGGUUUUGGUGCAGCUGUUCUACUUUGA